ACAACAAAAGGAGGAACGUGUUGUGUUGUGAACAGCGUAUGACUUGUUUCAUUUGAUAGCAGAAGAAAAGUUCCUCGACACCGCCCAUGGAAAACAUUCCUGAAAUUGGAGAUUGCCGCCGGUGGUGAUGUUCAAUGAUAGGGAGAGACGGAAAGGCAUGGAGCUCCCUGCGCAUUUGAGCCGAAACGACUGGGGUCUUCUCUCAAGCGGUGAAUUCACCGGGCCCCAAUAAAUGGCUUGUUACAUUUGCCCUUCCUAACUUGUCGUCUUUGAGUGAAGAUUUUUUUCUAUCAGUAUUUGGAUGAUGGAAUUUGAGUACACUGUUCUUAGGAAAGAGGCAGACAUGCAUAAUAGAUGUUGUGGAGGCCUUGUUUGGUGCAUCAAGGAUAUAUGUGGGAUUAUGUGUGCUGCCCUAACAUGGCUACUAAUCUUGUAUGCCGAGUUUGUGGUCAUGGUCGUCAUGUUAAUCCCCAGUCCUUAUCCAGUGUAUAGCACAAUUAAUGGCGUUGUUUUUCAAUCACUUGCAUUUCUUGCAUUUGCAUCACAUCUUCGCACAAUGUUUACAGAUCCAGGCGCUGUUCCCAAAGGAAAUGCUACAAAAGAGAUGAUACAGCAAAUGGGUUUCAGAGAGGGUCAAAUGUUUUUCAAAUGCCACAAGUGCUGCAGUAUCAAACCUGAGAGAGCUCACCAUUGUUCUGUAUGCCAGAGGUGCAUUCGUAAAAUGGACCAUCACUGCCCCUGGGUCAAUAAUUGUGUUGGUGAAAAUAACCAGAAGUAUUUUGUCCUCUUCACUUUUUACAUUGCUUCAAUUUCAAUCCAUGCUCUCUUCCUGUCGGUGAAUCAAACUAUCACCUGUGUUAAACAUGAGUGGAAGGAUUGUUCUGUUUACUCUCCACCAGCAACUGUAGUUCUCUUGCUCUUCCUUGUAUUUGAGGCCCUACUCUUUGCAAUCUUUACCGUCAUAAUGUUGGCGGCCCAAAUGCAGGCUAUUUGGAAUGAUGAAACGGGCAUUGAACAACUGAAAAAGGAAGAAGCACGGUGGGUGAAAAAAUCCCGUUGGAAGAGUAUUCAAGCUGUUUUCGGACGGUUUUCAAUUUCAUGGUUCUCCCCAUUCACUACUCCUCUUCCUCGAAUGAAGCAUGAAGGGUUUCUUUACUCCGUGUAACACCAUUGAUCUUACUUCCAAGACAAAUUAAAGUCAUGAUCAUUUUCCCUCCUGCCUAUUAGUAAGCUGCCUAGAUAACAAUAAUACAGUCUUAGCAAUUAUUUUGUUUUUUAUGAAAAAUUAACUAAUGGCUACCUAAUUAUUUUUCAGGGAGAGUCAUUUACGCACAAAAUACAGCUAUCUGUAAACUCCUUGUCUCUUUCAUAAAACACCCCAGAACAAACUCAUAACUUUUACUAUUGUCUUUCAGAUGCCAUGACUGAAUCAUCUUUUUCUUUUUUAAAGUGUGACUGACUUGUUAUGUCAUUUUCUUGUACGCAAUAUGUUCAACCCUUUUGUUUAAUAUUUUCCUUUUGGAGCAUUUUUCAUUAAGGAAAUUUAUGAUGCCAGGUAAAAUAAACUGGGUAAGAUUAUUACUCAUGUUUUGUUGGCCUUGGAUAUUUUACUUAAAAAAGUUGACACUGUCCAUUUUAAGCAGUAUGUUGCUGUUAGAUUACCUGAAUUUAAUUUUAUCAAAUGUUAUAACUUGAAUGGGUGGUAUGAGUAUAGUACUGUGCAGGAGCAGUAUUACUGUACUUCAAGGUUUAGUAGAUCAUGCCAUUUUAUAAAUAUUGAAAGGUCUUUUUCUUUUCUAAUAUACUGUUUGUGUUCUUGUUUAUUCUGUGAAGAACAGGAAUAGGUGAUGGAGUUUUAAUAAAAUUUCUCUUCCCAAAUCAUGAGGUAUUCAUUAAGUAUUUGAGUGUUAAGUUUAAAUAUUUUGUCUAAGGAUAAUUGUAUUCCUUUGUCAAUAAUUGUUAGAUAUUUUAAGUUAAUUUUAUUAUGAGAAUGUGUGCAUCAAAUGACUGUAAAUCUAAGGAAUAUAUCUAGUCCAUGUGUGCUGAAUGUACUUGUGUGCACAUUUGUGCACAGUGCAGUGUUGCAUUUGCAGAAUGCAAAAUAUGAAACCUUUUUUGAAACACAAAUUAACUGUUGAUAGUACCUCUACAGUGCUGCAUACAAAGCUAAGACUUGUGAAACGUACCUUGAUUAUGGACAUUUUUGUACAGUCACAUAGUGAUUCUCCUGAUGACUUUUUAGUUUAAAUCUUGCUUUGGUGGUGGCAAUAGUGUGCGUCUGCACUUGGUUAUUUGCGACAUACAGUUGUAGUUCAUGCGAUGCAUAAUAAUUUUUAUUUACUAAGUAUUUAAUGUGAGAAAAGGUCAGUAUUUAUUAGGCUGCACGCCUCCCAAAUGCCAUCAAGGCUCUUCAUGUAGUCUGUUGUGUAUCUUGCUUUGCCAAGUUUAAGGUGACAAGUUGUAAGUAAUGUAACAUUAUGUUCAACAGUCACUUCAUGAGGGUUUUCUAUUCUUUUCAAAAUUAUGAAUGAAAUUUGUUUGAACCAUAAUUUUGUUUGCUGUUUUCUUCUGUAACUGUCAAUUCAUGUGUAUUGUCUGAAAAUCUAUGUGCUUUUCUAGGAUCACCUGCUGUUAAGGAAGAUUUUAUCAGUGGCACUUAUAGAAAUUGAUGAUUGUUACCCCUGUAGCUUUCUCUCUUAUGAAACAGUUGUUCCAGCAUUCAAUGUUUGUGGCUGUUACAUUCCUAAGAAAUGUACCUGAAUCCUUGUCUGCCCACAUUUCCUGCUUGAAUUAGAUUUAUUAAAUUUAAAUGAAAAUAAAAUUAUAGAAACCUU